AUUCACCAAUAAUUAUUACUAUUGUUACUUUGUUAUAGCCUACAUUUUGUUAAUGUGAUUGAUCUCGUCAGCCUUUCUGCAAUUGGGAAAGUCGGGAUAGCCAAACAAGACCAUAGCAAGAAUUUGAAGAAGGGUCCAAUUGCUACGCACUGAAGUCAACCUCAAACCAAUCACCCAACUACCACAACCAACAACAUAUCAUCACCUCUGACCUCCAUGGAGCUUGUCCAAGCGCCCCCGGUCAUCUACCUCCCCACAGCCGCCCCCUCCAUGCCUGGGCCCAACACCUCCACCUUCCCCCUCUCCCCCCUCCUCCUCCUCACCCCGGACGACCGUUUCUUCAAUAGAUCCUACCACAACUGGACCAACCCUGGCGGCGGAGGCGUAGGGGGUUUCCAACCCACUAUAGCAGGGGUCCUUAUCCCACUCAUCUAUGUAGCUGUCUGUGUGAUCGGCCUGGUGGGCAACACAUUGGUCAUCUACAUUGUUUUACACUAUGUGAGGACUGAGUCGGUCACUAACAUCUAUAUACUCAACCUGGCCAUCGCUGAUGAGCUAUUCAUGCUAGGCCUCCCCUUCCUGGCGGUCCAGAACGCUCUGCUCUCCUGGCCAUUUGGUUCUCUCAUGUGCCGUGUGGUCAUGACCGUGGACGCCAUCAACCAGUUCACCUCCAUCUUCUGUCUCACGGUCAUGUCCAUCGACCGCUACCUCGCAGUGGUCCAUCCCAUACGGUCGUCGUGGUGGAGGCGACCGCACGUGGCCAAGGCAGUGAACGCGACGGUGUGGGCGGUGUCGUUUGUGGUGGUGCUGCCCGUGGUGGUGUUCGCAGACGUGCUGGAGGAUGAUGGGAACUGUAGUAUAGUGUGGCCUGAGCCAGCUGAGGUCUGGAAGGCAUCAUUCAUCGUGUACACGUGCACGGUCGGGUUCUUCGGACCGCUACUCGUCAUCUGUCUCUGCUACCUGCUCAUCGUGGUCAAGGUGCGCAGCGCAGGGAAACGGGCCCGGCCCACCUCCUCACGACGCAGGAAGUCCGAACGCAAGAUCACCCGCAUGGUGGUUGUCGUGGUAGCGGUGUUCGUGUUGUGCUGGCUCCCAUUCUACAUCCUCAACAUCGUUAACCUGCUAGUCCUGUUACCGGGCGAAUUCCGGGGGCUGUACUACUUUGUGGUGGUCCUAUCGUACGCUAAUAGCUGCGCUAACCCGAUACUUUACGGAUUCCUGUCUGAUAAUUUUAAGAGAGGGUUCCGGAAGGCUCUUUGUCGUUCUUCGAGGAGGGUGGAGAACCACGAGAGGGCGGCAGCCACCGAGCUGCAGCUCCCUGCAGAGCUCUGGAGGGGAAUUGCGCCCGAGCAGCGAGAUGGCCUGGGGGUCACCAAGGCUCAUGGAGGAGGGGAGGAAGAAAAGGAGGAGGAGGAAGAGGAGGACGGGAUAGAGAUGGAGAGAAGAGAAGAUGUCACUCAGAUGACAGAGGACUGCAGGAUUGCACAGAACGGGAACGGAGGAGGACAAGUUGAGAGCUCCAGGAUCUUGUUCACACCGGGCGGAAAGGUGGAGACUGUACCCCAGGGGCAGAGGGCUAAAGCUGGGGAGGUGGCUGGGAAAGGCCCAGGCUUGGGGCCUACUGUCACUGUCUCCAAUCUUACCAAUGGAUCAAAGAGUAAAAGUAAUAGGUCACUUCCAGAGGAGACAGUGGAGAAGAGCACCAAGCUAGAGAUCAGCUACCUGUAACUCAUAAAUAAGCUAUUUUCCAAUGUUCAUACUAGCAUACCAUUUAUACGGACACGUCUUGCUGAGGCUGUCCUAAUAUGGACACUGUACAGCGUAUAGAAUGGGGGUAGGGUGAAGUUGCCCCUAGAGACGCAGAU